GUCGGGGAAAACUCUCAAGAAAGUCCGAGAAAAAGAAAACUCAAAAGAUAUCUUUCUUUCUUCUUUGUUUGAGCUGUUUGCGAGGUGUUUGUUCUGGUAAAUGAUAUUGGACAAUGGUUGCUGAAGCCGAGAUUGUGUGCCAACAGAGCGUGCCUUUGUUGGAUGUUCAGCGUAUAUCAAGCUCUCAAACGGAUAUUAAACCAGUAGACAAAAUUCCAGAUGCUGCUCUUGAAUCUUCCAUCCUGCAAUUUGUGCCCUGCAUCCGUUCUGGUAGCUUCUCUGACAUUGGUCCUCGAAGAUACAUGGAAGAUGAGCAUAUAUGUAUAGAUGACCUAUCCUCACACUUGGGGCCAUCUUUUAAGUUUCCCAAACCGAGUGCUUUUUAUGGGGUAUUUGAUGGUCAUGGAGGAUCUGAGGCAGCAGCUUAUAUAAAAAAAAAUUUACUCAGACUCGUUUUUGAUGUCAACUUCCCCCAAACAUCUGAAGUUGAUGAUGUCUACUUAGAAGGAGUUGAGAACUCACUCCGAAAAGCAUUUCUUCUGGCUGACCAAGCCUUAGCAGAUGACUGCAGUGUCAGCAGCUCCUCAGGGACGACGGCUAUUACUGCUCUGGUAUUUGGAAGGUUUCUCAUGGUUGCCAAUGCUGGUGAUUGUAGGGCAGUUCUCUGCCGGAAAGGUGAGGCAUUCGAUAUGUCUGAAGACCACAGGCCUAUUUAUCCAUCAGAAAAGAGGCGGGUUGAAGAAUUAGGUGGGUACAUCAAUGAUGAUGGGUAUCUCAAUGGUGUUUUAUCAGUUAGUCGAGCAUUGGGGGACUGGGAUAUGAAGUUCCCUGGUUCUCCUUCGCCUCUCAUUGCGGAGCCAGAGUUCCGGCAGAUGUUUCUGACCGAGGAUGAUGAGUUCCUCAUCAUAGGGUGUGAUGGAAUUUGGGAUAAAAUGUCAAGUCAGGAGGCAGUUAGCCUUGUUCGUCGUGGGCUGCGGCGGCAUGAUGACCCAGAGAAGUGUGCGAGGGACCUUGUCAUGGAAGCCUUGCGUCUCAACACAUUUGACAACCUCACUGUGAUUAUUGUAUGCUUCUCUUCUCUGGAUCACUGGGAGCCAUCACCAGCUCGGCAAAGGAGGUUGAGGUGCUUUAGACUGUCUGCAGAGGCCCUUUAUAGCUUGAGGAGGAGCAUGAUGGAUGGCAGUGCCAGCAACUGAAUGUAUAUAAAAUUUGUCAAAUAAAAUCUCCCUUCUUUUGUGUAGUCUAAUAUAAUCAUUCCAGACGACAAUAAAUACUGUUUUUGGCUGCUUCAGGUAGGUGGGAGAAAAAGCAGCUAGCAGUUUUGUAGGUGCUGAUUAUUCAGCUUGAAUGGUGUGCAACUCUGGGCUGAUGUGCAUAACUAUUGCAGGUGGAUGGUGGUGGUGUAGAGAUGUUGUAUAUUGUACAUGUUCAAAGUCAUUAUCAAUUCUUUUUGUAACAAUCUUGCAGCC